AGUCAGCUCUCAGGGAGGAGGGGGCUGGAUGGUGGUUGGUGGGGGAGGGGUUUUACACACACAGACAGGAAGAGACCUGCGUGUUCACAUUCUGCCAUAAACACCGAACACCCCGGCUCUGCUGCCCUUCUCCCCCGAGCGACCGUUGUUGUGACGGAGAACCGAAUGCAAACACACACACACACACACACACACAUACACCACAGCAUGAAACCCCAUAAGAGACGUUUCUCACAAAACCAGACCGACCCCCACCCCUAAGAAAAAACAGGGUCAAAGUUCACAGGAAGCUGGGGGGCUGCCAUUUUUCGCUGCUUGCUACAGCUAACGUCUGACGCUCGAUGCUAAACCGACGCGGUGGUGCGGCUGUUUUUUUGGAUUUUGUAGCUCGCUGGAAUCAACGGAUCCCGGUCGUCGCACCCAAUCCGCCUCUCCUCCGGCCGUUGUCGCGAACAGACCGCCGCUCUUGGAUGAAUUCGGCAUGGAGAAAGUAGCGGAGCCGUCUUGGACUUCUUCGUACACCUACCAGGUGAGCAAGCACAGCGCGGAGAUGCUACACAACCUCAACGUUCAGAGGAAAGAUGGAGGCAGGUUCUGCGAUGUGGUGCUGCGCGUCGGUGAGGACAGCUUCCCUGCCCACAAGGCUGUGCUGGCCGCCUGCAGCGAGUACUUCGAGUCGGUGUUCGGCCGCCAGACGGAGGGCGACGGCGACGCCAGGGAGCUGGAGAUGCACACGAUCAGCCCGAAAGUUUUCAAAGACAUCCUGGACUUCGCGUACACCUCAAGGAUCGUGGUGCGACUCGAGUGCUUCCCGGAGCUGAUGACAGCUGCCAAGUUCCUGCUGAUGAGGUCGGUGAUCGAGAUCUGUCAGGAGGUCAUCAAACAGUCCAACAUCCAGAUCCUGGUCCCGACCUCUCGGGGGGGAGAAGCCAGCCUCUUCCAGGCCACUGCCGCCGCGGAGAUGGGUUUUCCGGCGGCUCAGGAGGGGCUCGUGAACGGAACAGGGCUGCUGUUGAACGGCCAGAGCUUUGCUAGCAAUGCGCAGAUGUCCAUGGAAGCGAGCGAGGACGCAGCCGCCGCCGUGCUGCUGGAAGACGGCGGGAAGUCGUCGGUGCCGAUGCUGGAGCCUGUCGGCGGACUGCCCGUGUCCCCGAACAAGGAACUAACGGGGAACACGCUUCAUCACGACGGCGACGGCUCCCCGGUGUCAAAGAGGAGCAGGGGGCGACCAAAGAAAGCGAGUGGUGUCGUGGAGGCGCUUCACUUCAACCACAGCACCCCCCAGAAAGACAACGGGCUGUUUCCGUGCGGCACCUGCGGGAAAGCGUUCACCGAAGCCUCCCGCUUGAAGAACCACGAAGCCCAGCACGGAGCCUCGAGCGGCGGCGCGCACAGCCUCGGUGACAGCCUGUCACCGGCGGGCGGCUUGUCGCUGAUGUCCCACUCGGGUCUGGCGGAGAACGGCUUGCAGUUACCCGGCGGGCUGUCGAUGGACAACCCACGCAAGCGGGAGAGGACCAGGCGGCACGUCGGCUGUGACAUUUGCGGGAAAGUGUUCCGCGACGUGUAUCACCUGAACCGACACAAGCUCUCCCACUCCGGGGAGAAGCCGUACGCGUGCCACGUGUGCGGGCUCCGGUUCAAACGCAAGGACAGGAUGUCUUACCAUGUGCGGUCCCACGACGGCUCUGUCGGGAAGCCGUACGUGUGCCAAAGCUGCGGUAAAGGCUUCUCCAGACCCGACCACCUGAACGGACAUAUCAAACAAGUUCACACAACAGAGAGACCCCACAAGUGCCAGAUUUGUAAUGCCUCUUUUGCUACGAGAGAUCGCCUCAGGUCACAUCUCGCCUGUCACGAGGACAAAAUCCCCUGCAAAGUUUGCGGCAAGUUCCUGCGCGCUGCCUACAUGACGGAUCACCUGAAGAAGCACAGUGAAGGAACGCAUAACUACUGCGGCAUCUGCAACAAAGGUUUCUCCACUGCGUCCUACCUUAAGGUGCACAUAAAGACACACCACGGCUCUCCACUGCCCCCCUCAGCCACAAUGCACAACUUCCCUGAGCCAAGGGGAGGACUGCAGAUGCACAACAGCACCCCUUACCACAUGGGACACCAGUGCUCAGUGGAAGACGGAGAGGAGAACGCUGAGAAAUGUCCUCAUCUGGAAUCAGAGGAAUCAGAUCCUUCAUUCGGAGAGAUGCCAAACAGUGACGAACUGACAUCUCCACACAAACCCGACGAGCCGGAUCUCGAAAUGCCAUCCUUAUCCUGCAACGGAGCUUCAGCAGGGGCGUUGGGUUCCCCCGAGGGAUCCAAAGCCAAGACGGACCCUGAGAAGAAGUUUACCUGCGGGAUCUGCGGUCAGGCCUUCCGCACAAAGUCCUACCUCAACAAGCACCAGCACAGAGUUCACAAAGGCCAGAAGGCCCAGGUAGUUUCAGGGUCUGGUGUAAGUGAGCAGACCCCGUCCCUGUCCUCUCCCUUCUCCCCCCAACAAAACAUGUCCUUGCUCGAGUCCUUUGGCUUUCAGAUUGUCCAGUCCGCUUUCGCCUCGUCGCUGGUGGACGCUGAGGAUGGUCAAAGUGGUCUCGACUUUGGAGGGAAGUGACAAGUUUGCUUGAGAUAUAAUGAAGCUUGUCACUUGUUGGACGAAGCCGGGUUGCCCACAGAAGAUGCUCCGUAUUUGGGAAUAACUUUGCCUCAAGACUACUUUUUUCUGUUUGUCGCGUUGCUUAAUGUGUAUCCAAUAUUUUUGUCAGAGACUGCCAUACGAUUCCUACUUUUUCUACUUUUUCAGAGUAUGAAAAGUGAACGUUGUGUACAUUUUCUUCGUAAAGAAACGACAUGAAGGUUUUAUUUCCUUUGUCUGACAUGAACCUGUUGAAGUUAUGUUUGGUAGACUCUCAGUUGUUUUUGGCUUUUGUGUAAAUCUUAGCUGCACAUAUGUUCCUAACAUGAAAUUAAUUAUUUACGGCAAAUGAUGAUUUUUCUUUUAAAUGUCGGCCGGCUCUGAUGUACUUGGUAAAUCAACCCUUGGCCAUUACAACAGUUUUUAAUCUUUCAUAUAAACAGACGUCUUGACCUCAGAGCAACAGGAGGACUGAGCUCUGUAUUUAUGUUGGAUUUAGUUUUUAUUAAGACCAUGGAUUUAAAUGGGCCUCAAUUUUUCAGACAAGUUCUCUUGCAAAUCUGUUAAUUUCAGACAAUUAAUUAUAUUCCUAACAGGCACACGGCAUAUUUCAUUACGCAUUUAUUACCAGACACAACUUUGUACAAAAAGUGUGGGUUUAAAGGUGGCUGAGUAGCACUGAUAGUUGUCAAGGACCUUUGGGAAUCAUUAUUGACAGGAUUGUAGCUGACAACGGACAGUUCAGAAGCACUUUUAAAACGAGUAUCAUAAAAAAAGUAUCAUUAAAUCUACAUUCUAUUUGUUAUGGCACCGACACAAAACACCUUUGGCGUCUUAGAAGUUGGCAAAAAAGAAAAAUUGUAAUUAAGCUACCUCAGAAGAUAUUAACACCACAGUGCUUUGUUGUUAAUGUUAAUCAUAGCUUAAUCAAGUUUUAUUAUGUUUACUUUAUUGGAUUUCUAGAAUUAAAGGUAAAAAGUGAAAAUGACCUCAAAGCCCCAGCAGCUUUAAAUCUCCCUAAUUUAGUCAGUACAUAGAAGGACCUGUUUCGUCAUUACUUAGCAAAAAGCCUCAGAGGAUAGUUGUAUUUGUGAAUCUUGAGCAGAGUUGGUACACUGAGGUGACGUCUUACAGGAUUUGCCCCUGGCAGCUCAUUUGGCUGUGAAUAGCCCUUUAUAAUUUUUUGAUCUGAUCAUUAGUAGAAAAAAUAUAUAUAUAAUUAAUAUAAAAAAGUGCAAACCUAAGGAGAGGAAAGCCAUUUAUUAUUGUGAUUUAUACUGUGUGCAGGAAUGUUUUUUUUUAUCAUUUAAUGAAAUCGUUUUUUUCUAUCACGUCGGGUAAAUUCAGAUUCAAAAUCGGUCUUGAAACAUGCCAUGAGCUUGUUGGGACCCUGUACAACAAUGACGAAGUUUCCGAGUAUUGUUUGUUAGUUAUUAAAUCAGUGGUGUACAAUAACCACGGACCAAGGUCAGGUAUAUUUUCAGUCUAUUUUUUGAGAAAUGUAAAUUAUAUUUUAUUAACUUAUUCAUGCCCGUUUUUUUUUUUUUGUGUACAGUUUUUUUUUUUUUGAUUGUCAAACAAAAAUCUUGUGAUUUGUUCAUUUUGAUAAUUUUUUCAGUGUAGAUUCUGUUAAAUGGAGUUCCGUGCGUGUUCUUGUGUGCGCGUUGUGCAGCAGUUAACGGGCUACAGGAGGGUUUCACGCCCUGAUCCACCAGCUCCUGCACCGACCAAACGUAAUGCAACUUUUUCAGAGUCAAGUAACUAAGCUCACGUUCUUUGUCUAGUGUUUAUUCAUGUUCUUCGCCUGCACGUCUUGUAUUGACCAGUCCCUCUGUCAGUGAUCUAUCAUUCGCUUGCUCUGUUGUGUAGAUGACACGACUUGUGUUUUGCACUAACGUCCGCUCGGUUAAGGCCCAAGCGAUCCACCUCGCUGUCUUUAAUUCAAACUGUUGAACCCAAGACAUUCCUGUGAUGAGAACAAACAUAAAUGAGCCAUUUGUACUUUUUAAAUAACCCAGUAUGACAUCUGUGAUUGAAUGCAAAGAUCUUUAUAGUAUAAUCUGACUUAAAUGAGGUUUAAGUCUAUAACUGAUUAUUAUUUUCAUUAUCGAUUAUCCGGCAGAAUUGUUUUUGAAUCAUAUAUGUCCAUUUAGACUUUCAAUUGACUUUGUUUGUCUGAUCAACAGUUCAAAACUCAAAGAUACUCAGUGUGCUGUCAUAAAUGCCACAGCUGCAAACUCAUUGCAGAAGCUCAAGAAGCAAUUAACCUCUAAACAAGACACUGUAGUUGUUAAUUCAUUUUUCUAUUGAUCGAGCAAUUGAUUUAAUGGAUUAGUUCAUAAGAAUAAUCGUUUUCAUAUCUCUUCACACUGAAACGUAGAUCUAUACAAGGUCGAAAUAACACAAUUGUAAACUAAACAAUAUGAGAUGUAAUUAUUGGGUCUCAUGAUCACCUCACAUACUGUGUGUGUGUGUGUGUGUGUGUGUGUGUGUGUGUGUGUGUGUGUGUGUGUGUGUGUGUGUGUGUGUGUGUGUGUGUGUGUGUGUGUGUGUGUGUGUGUGUGUGUGUGUGUGUGUGUGUGUGUGUGUGUGUGUGUGUGUGUGUGUGCGAUGCAUGUGUCUGUUUCCUGCUUCUGUUUAAUUAUUAUUUGUAAGUAAAUUUGUCACUUGAACUCAGUACAUUCCUAUAUUAUUUAUGUUUUUAUUGUGAUUGUUACAAGUGUAUAUACCAUUCACAUACACCGUCUAUAGAUAUAUACAUAUAAAUAUAUGAACCAACCAAUAUGAUCAAUGUUUGUCUGUGGUGGUCCUGUACAUAUAUAUAGUUCUUUUCUUGUCUGUUGUAUGGAGGGGUGUUAAGUUAUGGCCAUUUUGACUGAAAAGUGUAAACUGCAUGUGCCUGGCAUGCGAGCUGAGCUGGGGACUGAAUGUCGAUCACUGGUUGGUGGCAGUAAUGGUUUCACUGGUCACUCUGCUGUCACGCUGCUCUGGUAGCGCUCACACUGCCGGCCGCACGACUCACGUCUUUUGUUCUUCUUCUUUUGUUUUGAUCCACUCUGCACUAAGGUAUUUACAACUUAAACGUUAUUAAGGGUUGUGUUGUGAUUAUUUGUUUGAAAUCAUGUGGACGAUGCCGUCAGGAAGGAAUUUCUUCACAGGGAUGUAUGAUUUAUUUCACUCCUGUUGGUACUUCAGAGUUAAAAAAGAUCUUUCCAUUGAUUAUUUAGACCUUAAUGGUUUUUGCUUUCUGCUUUUGGUCUGUUGCAAAGUGCCUUCCAAAUACUGAUUGUGCACAGCAGUGGUUUAAAAAAAAGAUCCUCUUUUCUAAAGGUUUAAAAUUGUACAGAGUGACUUGCAUUGACACUUUUGUAUAAAGAACUCACACAAAUGAAAUGUACAAUAUGUUACCUUGGUAUUUUAUCAUCGUACGCAACAAGAUUGCUCUUUAAACAUGUGACCUACAUGUGUCUUUGGACAUAUUUCAAUUUAAGCAUACUUUUCUAUAGAUAUUUGUUUUUGUACUCUGUCAUUGAGUCUCAUCUCUCUUGUUGGUACAGAGAUGUGGGCGUCAAAUAAAUUGCAAUUGAAAAAUC